UCACACACACACAUGAUCAGACCGACGCGCGCUCCUCACACUCCUCACACUCGCAGGAACUAGUUGUCGGAGCAGAGCGCAGCGGAACCUCGUCACGCACAGAGCCGAGCACCAGCCGAGGACGUUUUCACCUGUGCGCCUCCGCCGGGACGAAUUCACGAGGAUUUUUUAAUAAUUGUAUUUUAUCCCACAUUAAUUUCGGCGUUUUGAGUCCGUCUUCAAGCCGCAGUGUUGGGACACUUUGCACUAGUCGGACCCCUGCGCUGCUCCACCCUGUUCCCAAACAAGUUGCGUGUGUUCACGCAUCUGAAGCUGCGGUCUCGACCUGAGCACUCGCACCGGAAAGACGUGCCCGGUUCCACACAGAGGAUCCCGGAGUCAACCAUGGCGAGACAUGACGCCCGAAAUUGGCACGACCGCACUACAAUGAUGGGACUGCUCUGCCUGGUCGCGUCGAUACUCGCAGGACACGGAGCGGCAGGUCAGCGAGUGAAGGUGGAGGCGGAGGUGUUGUCGUAUCCUGGCCAGACGGUGAACCUACGCUGUGCCUUCACUGAUGAAACAGGGAUUCAGCUCACAAUGGUGACGUGGAUCUACGAGCCAAAGGAGGGCGAUAGGAUCAACAUCGCCGUGUUUCACCCCAAAUUUGAUCCCAGCUACCCCGAUUCACCUAUGAAGGGCAGGGUCAGCUUCUCGUCGCCCCAACCGAAGCUGGACAGCCCUUCCAUCCAGAUCAGCGAUGUGAGGAUGACGGAUGAGGGGAGGUACAUCUGUGAAUAUGCCACCUACCCAAUUGGCAACGAGCAGGGCAUCACCUAUCUGGUCAUGCUGGCUAAGCCUCAGAAUUCGGCCUCCAUCGUAACAGUGGAAGCGGGCACUAAGCCGGUGGUGGUGGCGCGCUGCGAGUCCGUAGAUGGUCGUCCCCCUGCCCAGAUCUCUUGGGUGACCACGGCCAAUGGCAACGGGACGAUAGUGUCAAAGCCGGGCGCCGACAACACGGUGACGGUGACCAGCGAGUACCUCAUGGUUCCCACAGCAAAGGACAACGGGAAGGACAUCAGUUGUGUGGUGGCGCACAGGACACAGGUUAAAGCAGAGAGCUUCCUGUUGAAGCUCGCAGUUCAAUACGCCCCUCAGGUGAAGAUCGUGGGUUAUGACAAUAAUUGGUACUUGGGUCGUACAAAUGUGGUGCUAACCUGCCAAGCUACUGGAAACCCCGUUCCGAUCUCUGUCCUGUGGAAGACAAUGUCAGGAGAGCUGCCAGACACAGUGCAGAUCACUGGCAACGAGCUGAAGGUGCUCAAGGUGGACGAGGCUGUCAACACCACUUUUGUCUGCGAGGUCAGGAACCGCAUUGGGACCAGCAGAGAUCAGGUCACAGCCAUUGUCAGAGACACUCGUCUCCCAGAGAAAGGUCAGACAACAGGCACCAUCAUAGGAGCCAUCAUCGGAGUCAUCUUACUGCUGGCCAUCAUCGGAACAGCCAUAGCCAUGUACCAGAAACAUCGCAACAAGAAACAAAGCGGAGAUGGCCCACCUAAGUACAAGCCCCCUCCCCCCAAGAAGACCAACAACAUCACCACCAACGGGCAGGGGAACACAAGUUAUGCCCCGGUGGACAGACCGCUACAGAGCCAGUACUACAACACCCAGAGCGAUGAGCCGGUCACGGACCUGGAUGCUUACCAUGAAGAGGACAGGGAGCAUUACUUCUCUGCUGCCCCGUCUGGCUGGGAUGAUCCCGGAGACAGCGAGGUCCUGCCUCCCUACAUGCACACAGAAAGUGACCCCCACGACGAUUACCAGGGCCCCAAUGUCAACCGCGGGGAAAGCUUUGUGUCGCCAGCCAUGUUUGUGUGACGUGUGAGAAGCCACUGCAGAAACUGGCCUGUGUAAAUAUGUAUGAGUGUGAUUGAGCCAGUGCUCAUUUCUACCUAAAAUGACACCGACAGGAAAUGAGCUCCAUCGCGGGCGAGUCAGAAUGUGUGAAUAUCAACAUCUGACACCUAGUCACCAUUUUCCUCCACCGCAGAGAUGGGGAGUUGUGUUUUGCCUUUUUGUUUUCAGAAUAUUCAUCAGUGAUCAGGUCACUGAUUUUACCAGGUUGAUAAAUGAUCUGGUUCUGUUUUAUUUCUCUUUGUUUGUUUGCUUUUAAACUAUUUUAAACCCUGAUCAGCUUGAGCCAGCAAGAUACAAAGUGCACUAUAUGCACAACUGUAGCAUACAGCUAUAGAGAUAUAAUGACCUUAUUUUUCUUAGACUGGAAAUAAAUCAAAGACAAUUUAGUUUAAGGUAGAUUAUUCUGUUGAAUGUUACAUAGUCAGGAUGUGUUGUAAGUACUUGACAGAAGCGCGGAGCCGUUAUUGUGUUGCAUUAUAAAUGCGGAACUGUCACAAACAUUAUGAGGUGGUUAGCAGAAGCACAAUCUAUGUGGGUAUGACAUGUUACCUCUGUCUGCUUGUAGCUGUCUGCUCUCGUUGCUUUCCAAACCCAGGGGGCGGGAAGUCGCUGUAAACCAGGCGCCCUUUGGACAAGCUGUUAGCUGCAGUUAAUCAGGCGACGGGAGUCAGAGACUGUGAUGGCAUCAGGGUGUAAACUGCUGUGAGGAGGGGGGAAAACUUUAUUUAUGUUCUUGUUUGUGUUUGAUUUCAAUAGUUGUUUUUUUUCUUGAGUUUCUGCUUCUGGCCUUUGCCGUCCGUGUGAAAAUUCAGUGCCUCUCAGUUCAGUUGGUGAGUGACUUUACAGUUCUGGCCUCUAGCCUCUACUUGCGUCCAUCCAUCCUUAAAGAGGUUAAACACAGUGCUGUAAUUUUUAAGGAUAUUUGAUAAAACACCUUUUUAUCCACUUUGUCUAAAAGUGUGCUGACAUGGAUUAGGAUAAAUCUGGAUUAAGCCCAUAAAAUCUGUCAGGAUUAAAUAGUUCUGUAUGGAGUUCACACAGGGGUUGACACAGACCCUGCUAGUUGACUGACAUGUCUGUCAUCAUCAUGGUUGAGGAUUAAACAAGUCAGUAAUAGUUGGUAAGGUGUUUUGUCCUGCUUCAAAAUGAAAUUGUCUUUUUGUGUGUUUUAGUGCCAACCAGGUGUUUAUUUUAUUCAAUUGCCUUGUGAGGACAGCAAUGUCUGUUUAUAUCUUUGAAUUAAUGUUGAAGUCAAUCUGUGUUGAUUAAUGUUGAUUGCAUUUUUCCAUAGUUUUCAUUACAGACACUGAUUCAAUAAACAUUUUAAUCAUGA